AUGCGCGAAGAGUGGAAGGAUGUCACUCCUAUCCCGCAAGAUGACGGCGCCAACCCCCUCGUCCCAAUCAUGUACACCGAAGACUACCGGAAUGCGAUGGACUACUUUCGCGCCGUUUCCGCCUCCGGAGAGCACAGCGAGCGCGUGCUCGCCUUGACAGAGGCGAUCAUUCGCAAGAACCCUGCACACUAUACCGUGUGGCAGUACCGAUUCAACACGCUCGUGGCCUUGCAGAAGGACCUGCAGGCUGAGCUCGAGCUCAUGAAUGAGUUUGCGCGCGAGAAUCUGAAGUCCUACCAGGUGUGGCACCACCGUUUACUGCUCCUGACGCAGCUGUCUCCCGAGGAUCCGACGCCAGAGAUUGAGUUCAUCCACGCCGCGCUCCUGCCGGACCCGAAGAACUAUCACACGUGGGCCUACCUGCAUUGGCUGUACUGUCACUUCAGUGCUCUCGGCCGCAUCACACCGGAGAUGUGGGACAAGGAGCUGGCCUGGUGCGAGGGCAUGCUGAAGGAGGAUGCGCGGAACAACAGUGCAUGGGGAUGGCGCUGGUUCUUGCGUAUGGCUCCUCGGCCACAGCCCUCUGCUUCCGCUCCAGCACAGUCGGACCGGAUCGAGGAGGAGCUGUCAUACGCGCUGUCGCAGAUCCACGAAAUCCCUCACAAUGCGAGUGCAUGGAACUAUCUCCGCGGCGUGCUGCGCUCGACGCCGCAGGGGUCUGAUUUGCGCGCAAGCAUCCUCCCAGUGCUCGCACCGUAUCUCGCCGGUUCGGCCGUGGCGGCAUCAGGACCAGAUGACGGCCUCUCGGCGUGGCCGCAGCGUACGGGAGAGGUCGACGGAGACACGCCGACGCCGGUGCCGCUUGCGCUCGAGUGCCAGGCCGAGGCGAUGAAGGAGGAAGGAAGGCUGGGUGACGCUGCGGCGAUCUACGGCCAGCUUGCGGCGUAUGCGGACCGCAUGCGGAGUGCGUACUGGGAGAUGAAGCGAGAGGGCUGUGUCAACGCUUGA